AUGGCAGCAAUUAAUCCUGAGAGGACUAUCUUUGAUGUCAAGAGGCUAAUUGGAAGAAAGUUUGAAGAUAAAGAGGUCCAAAGGGACAUGAAGCUUGUUCCAUAUAAGAUUGUGAACAAGGAUGGAAAACCUUACAUAAAGGUCCAAAUUAAAGAUGGCGAGACCAAGGUUUUCAGUCCUGAGGAGAUUAGCGCCAUGAUUCUUACAAAGAUGAAGGAAACAGCCGAAGCAUACCUUGGAAAAAAAAUUAAGGAUGCAGUUGUCAUUGUUCCUGCUUACUUCAAUGACGCACAGAGGCAGGCCACCAAAGAUGCUGGCGUAAUUGCUGGAUUAAAUGUUGCAAGAAUUAUCAAUGAACCAACUACGGCAGCCAUUGCCUAUGGUUUGGACAAGAAAGGUGGUGAGAAGAACAUUCUUGUUUUCGACCUUGGUGGUGGGACAUUUGAUGUUAGUAUCUUGACCAUUGAUAAUGGCGUUUUUGAGGUUCUGGCAACAAACGGAGACACACAUUUGGGAGAGGAUCAUGGAGUACUUAAUUUGAUCAAGAAGAAGCACGGGAAGGACAUCAGCAAGGACAAUAGAGCUCUUGGCAAGUUGAGGAGAGAAUGUGAGCGCGCCAAGAGAGCUCGCUUCGAAGAAUUGAAAAAUGAUUUGUUCAGAAAGACAAUGGGACCUGUUAAGAAAGCCAUGAAAGAUGCUGGCAUGGAAAAACAUCAGAUUGAUGAAAUUAUUCUUGUUGGUGGAAGCACCAGAAUCCCAAAGGUUCAGCAGCUUCUAAAGGAUUAUUUUGAUGGGAAGGAACCAAACAAAGGUGUUAACCCAGAAGAGGCAGUUGCUUAUGGUGCUGUUGUCCAGGGAGGUAUCUUGAGCGGUGAGGGGUUAACGGGUGUUCUUCGUUUGGAUGUGGCUCUACUUACCCUUGGUAUUGAAACUGUUGGCGGAGUAAUGACCAAAUUGAUUCCAAGAAACACCGUAAUUCCAACCAAAAAGUCCCAAGUCUUCACUACUUACCAGGAUCAGCAAAUCGCUGUUACCAUUCAGGUGUUUGAGGGUGAACGAAGUCUUACAAAGGACUAUCUUGUUUGCUUGAACAAAGGAACUCCUCAGAUUGAAGUUACAUUUGAAGUCGACCCUAAUGGCAUUCUGAAUCUCAAGGCUGAAGACAAGGCUUCUGCACGUUUCGAGCAGAUCACAAUCACAAAUGACAAAGGUCGUCUGAGUCAAGAAGAGAUUGAUCGGAUGGUCGAGGAAGCCGAGGAGUUUGCCGGGGAAGACAAGAAGGUCAAGGAAAGAAUUGAUGCCCGUAACAGCCUUGAGACAUACAUUUACAACAUGAAAAACCAAAUCAAUGACGAGGACAAGCUUGCUGACAAACUCGAGUCAGACGAAAAGGAGAAGAUUGAGACAGCAACUAAGGAGGCCCUUGAAUGGUUGGACGACAAUCAGAACGCCGAGAAGGAGGAUUAUGAGGAAAAGCUCAAAGAAGUCGAGGCCGUGUGCAAUCCAAUUAUCACAGCCGUUUAUCAAAGAUCUGGUGGUGACUCGGGAGGCAAAUCAGAUGACGAUGACGACGAUGAUUCUCAUGACGAACUAUAG